CCACCUUAUUCCUAUGCAACUCUUAUCAGAUAUGCUAUUGAGAACAGUCCGAAUCAAAAGCUGACAUUAAGCCAAAUCUACGACUGGGUCAUCGAGCAUUAUCCAUAUUAUGCUACUGCGGGCCCUGGUUGGAAGAACUCUAUUCGUCAUAACCUUUCUCUUAACAAAUGCUUUGUUCGUACACCCAGACCUGUGACUGAGCCUGGAAAGGGGUCUUAUUGGAAGGUCGAU